AUGGCAGGAGACUUUGGUGGAGAGGGAAGGAUCUUUGUCUCGGUUGUUGACAAAGAUUCUUCCCUACUUGGCAGAAUUGUUAUUGGAGACGAGAAAUUGUGUUUUUUGUACAACCCACACACCAAGAGAGCAUUUGCAACGAGGAAAUCACCGCAAUCUCCACAGAAGCAGAAAUUUCACCAUGAUCGCUCUAAAGGAAAAGUCAUGCUAGAGGUAUUUUCCAAUAUAUCCAUGGCAUUGUGUAUCUGGAAGUUAUCCCUGAAGGACGCAUUGUUACCAAAGAACUCUAUGUCGAAAUCCUGCGUCGUUUGCAUAGGUCGAUCCAGAAGAAGAGACCAAAAAUGUGGGCCAAAUGACUUUCUUGCGAAAACAAAAACAACUAUUUUGCCUCAUCCUCCUUACUCACCUGAUCUUGCACCCUAUGAUUUCUUCCUAUUUCCUGAACUGGCAAGAUGCUUGCAGGGUCAUCAAUUUCAAUCUUCAGAUGAAGUUAAAUGUGCAUUGCAGGCUGAAUUAAAGGACAUGGUCAAAAAUGGAUUCCAGACAUACUUAAAUGAACUUUACAGGCGUUGGCAAAA